AUGGCGGGACGAGGCCCCCUCGCCUCAGAGAGGCGUGCCUUCGCUUGCCUGAGCUCCAUCCCGUCCCCGACCCCACGCCGUGCUCGUAGCGCCGUCUUGGCGCGGUGCUUCCCAGCGUGGGGACAGGGCGGGGCGCUCGCCGGCGCCGGGUGCGGGCGGCAGAUUCUCGGGCGGCGGCAGGCACCGGCGCGGGCAGCCACGGUCGGGGACGCGGCUCAGGCGCGAGGACCCCUGGCAGAGCGCGGGCCCGACGCUGAGGCGGCUCGGCGUCCGCACUCGGCGCCCCUGUCCCGUAGUCUCCCACCCCGUCACUUUCCCGUCCCGCUCCGUCCCGUGGUGCCGCAUUCAGAUGUACCCUGGGAUUCCAGUUCCUCGGGGGGAUCUGUGCUGACUCAGCCUCACUUAGGGCUUCCUGUGGAGCAUGAAGUGCUGCUGCCGGGAAAGAGAAAUCCUUUGGGAAGCUGGGAUACAAACAGCAACUCUGUGAAUUGCUCAGCUUUUCAUAGGACAGGGAAAAUCAUUGACUUGGGUCCAGUGAUGCCAAAUGCGUUGGGGUGUGAGCAGCCAAAGGCAACAGGCUCCAGCCCUGCUGACCAGCACUGGGGGCACCUGGUCCUGCCUGUGGGGUGGGUUGCUGUCCAGAAUCUCUCCAACAAAACCUGUUGGAAAGUUAGAGUUUGGCAGGGCUGGGACAAGGAGGACUCGUGCGAGCACCUCCAGAGACAGUGGGAACAGGAGCGUGCUGCGGAGAAGGAAAAUUCCAGGAAGUGGGCUGUGACAAGGGGAUGUCCUCCCACUAGGCUGAGGAUCAGGGCGGGCUCUGCCCAGGGGAUGACUGCCGCUGCUGGACAGGGAAGAGCACCUUUGCCCCCACCCCCGGCAAACUGGGAAGGAGUAACAUCUACCUGCAGCUGGCUGGAGUUCCUGUUGGCUCUGGGCUUUCUGUCCACAGGCCGAGGAUCAUGGCCAGAGUCCUUCAAACCUGGGGAACAGUGGCCUUCACACCAUCCCUGCAGCCCGUCCAGGGCAGACUGUUGCUCAUCGGCCCCUGAUCGCAGGUAGAUAUGGAAGUGAUGGUGUUUAGGGAAUGCUGAUUGUAUUUCCCUAACUUUGACAACGCAGUCAUUAAAAAGAGAAAAGUAACAAGUCUAUGGAAAUCCCCCGCACUUGGGAGCUUCUGGUGCUCUGGA